UCCUACUUAGGCAUGACAAAAUCUUCCCGUGUAGGAAUCUGAAUGGGCUGUAAGUCGAUAUGGGGUGCAGGCUAGUUGCCUGUCUAUGGAGCGGCUGCACAUGCUGCACAAGUCUCGAUCCUUCCGAAAUCGAAAUCGAUUUAUGCACAAUUUUGCAGCUUCAUCCUCUUUUUCUUCCUAUGCCCUCCUGCUGCCGCUGCAGUGAUGUGCGCUUGUGAACUUUUUACAGCCAGCCCAGCAACCCGCGCUGCUACAGGACACGUAACAUAUUGCAUACCGUGAGGGGAGGCAUUCCCUAUUUUUUAUGCCAUAGAUUGCUGGGACCAGGCUCCGUGCUGCCAAGUUGUACUUAUUGCUGCCGAUCAGCGUAUCAUGAUCGGUUCACACACGACGGGUUCGGGUACCUGCAAAUAAGCCUUCUAUAUUUUCCCCCAUAUUCCCCAUCUUUUGUACCGCUAAUUUAAUUUGUUUAAUCCAGCUUGACAUCCGCCGUUAGAGCAGAAAAUGAGCAACACGCGCCGUGACUGGGAUCAGUUUGGCGGGUCGGGAAGUGGUGGCGGUGGAUCAUAUCCGAGUGGCGCCCCGGACUUCACCAAAUCCUCGGGUCCAGCUGACUUCUCGCGUUCGGCUGGCAGCAAUGACAGUUACAACACAUCCAACCAGUCGAUGUCGAUGGGAACCGCCCAACCAUCGGAUCCAUCGCAGCCCUUCGAUGCUAAUUAUGCCGGUGGCCAAGUCCCGCCUCCCACUGGCCUAAUGGGUACCGUGCACAAUGUGGCAGAGACGGCAAAAACCGCCACAAUGAACGCCAUGGAAGGUGGAAAGAAUUUAGCACGACAGGCAUCGGAAAGCGCUAAGAAUCUGGCGACCGGCGCCUGGGAGAAGAUUUCCAGUAUGACAGGACCGAAACCAUAAAGUUUACCUGGGACAAGAUAGUUUUUCGUUCGAUCGAAUUACUGACGGGACACACAUGCAAUCGAAUAUUAUUUUCUUUCGUGUUUCCUAUAAUUCCAAAUCUCAUAAGCGUAAUUAUUGUUAGUAAGACUGCAUUGCUUGUAUUUCCACCGUUUAGUGCGUAACGAUCAGUCAUUUGUUUGUUUUCUUUAAUUAACAAUAGAUCGAUUUCGUGUGUUUGAAGUGAGAUGAGCUAAUAUCCCAUAUGAUUAGUCAAGUCUGAAAACGUAUUGUGAGAUUUUUUGUCUGUUCAUUAGUAUGGCUGGAUUCAUGUGGUUAGUAUAUUAACACCAUAAAAACUACAAUCAUCUA